AAUUGCCAUUCUCUCUUAAAAGGUUAGGCCUUUUGUUGAGUCGAAAGAGAAAAAAUAUGACAAUGUUACAAAUUUCUUAAAAUCAUUUAAUAUGCAAAAAAUUAAUGCUUAUAAAAAUGAAUUAAAUGCAUUUGAUCAGGAGUCAGAAUCUUUAGAAUAUGCAGAGAAAGUACGCAAGGAUAUGGUUGUUCCCCAAAAAAUAUCAUUAAAGGUUGGGUCAAAGGAUAUUCAGACUGACAACGAUGAAGAUGCUAUAUAUUCAAGAGCAUCAGAUAUGAAUAUACCUGAACAUUUAUCUAUUGCAGAUACUGUUAAAAAUGUUUCUGUAGAAAAUGAUGAAAAUAUCAAUGUUUCACCAAAAAUAUUUACAAAAAAGAAACAUUUUCUAAAUUCUUCCAAUUAUAUUUUUUCAAAUGGUGGUGACUCAAUACCCUUAAUACAAAACAAUAUGUACUCAACAACUCCCACGAAUCCUUCACCUGCUCAAAGAUUAGAAUUACUUGAAUUAAAAUAUAAUGAGAAUAAUCAAUGUUUGGCAGAAUUGAGGCAAGAAUUUGAAAGAAAUAAACGCCUCCAAAGACUAACAGCUUACACACUAAUUUUUGUUUAUUGCUUCUCAAAAUUAAUAUCAUUUUUUAGGCGAUAGAUUCAAUUUAAAAAACAAUCUUUCUUCGAAUAUCAACUACAACCAAUAGAAUAAAGAUCAUUUUAGGACUCAUUUUAAAAAAACCAAUUAAUUAUCAAAAAAUAGAAAAUAAGCUAAAUUUAAAUGUAGUUUAUUUUUUUUAAGUAUUAUUAAAGAAUUUUUUAAAAAUAAUGUUGAACCAUUCUGUUUUGAAAUAUUAUUUAAAAAUAAAAAUUAAUAAGGCUUGAUUGGCAAUUUUGUAAUAUGAACAACAAUCUUUUCAUAAAUUUAUUUGUCAUUGCUUUUAAAUUUAUAAAUUAUUUAUGCGACAAUAGUCAUUUAAAAAAAUUUUUUUAAAUUUUUUCCUCCAUACAUAAUUUAAGGGCUUUACAAUACAUUACCCAACACAUGUUUUUUUUCUUCUGUCUUUUCAUCUUAUUCUGUUGAUUUAGGAAAGAACCCCAAAAGAUAACAAAGUAUUUUUCUAAUCAAUUGUAUAUCAUUACCCUUUUUAUCAUUCAAAAUUUUGACUAUUAUCCUUUUAGUGAAUUGGAAUUUAUAUAUUUUUUUAGCAACAAAUCUUAUAUAAUAUAUAUUAUAAAAAUAACAUAGAAAAAAAAAUUUAAACCAAACCAGAAUUGUACUAAGGAAUGUUUAUUAUAAUAUUUUUUUUAUAUCAUAAUCAUUAAAAUAAAAUGCACACUUGAAGUGGAAAUAACUUUUCAAGUUUAUUUUAUGAUAUAAUUAUAAAAUUUGAAUAAUAUUAAUUAAAUUAUAUAUAUAUUUUUUUAAUUUACUACAUACUUUAUAAUAUUAGGGGCAGGCAGAUAUUUGCCCAACUUAUAUUCUGUACGUAAUAUAUUAUGUAAUUCACAUUAAACGCUAAACAAUAAGAAGAAAUAAAUUAAUUAGUCAAAACCAAAAAAUAAAAUAGUUUUUAUGGUUUAAAUUUACCAUAUUUUAUAAUUUUUUAAAAUUAACAAUUUUUUGUUUAAAUUUUACAAAAUUUUUUUGUUUAUUAGUGCUGUGCCGAUCCAUAAAUUUUUCACAGAUUCCAUAUUUUCCGAUAUUGGUUCAAAACCGAUCCGAAAUUUAUAUUUAUUUUUUUUACCAUCCCCCUUUGAACCAAAUGUAAUAAAAAUAAGAAUCCAUAAUUUC